ACCACAAACAGAAAAAAAAAAGUUGAACUGUUCAACAAUAACCGCUACAUACUAAACGAUGGCACCACCACCACCCAGGACACGUACACGAGGCAGAAAGCUUCCUCCAAGAGCAGGUGCUACCAAGAGAGCUGCUGCUGCUGCUGCUGCUGCUGCAAAGCAAGUCAACCAUUCCGAUGCAGUUGAAAAGGACCCGCAUGUACUUGAUCCAGACAAUGAGUCGGGUGAUGCAGUCAGCAUGGAAGUAGAACAGGAAACUGCUGAUGGCAAGACUUGGAUUCAAACAAAUGUGGAUCAAGAAGUGGCAAGGAUAAGAGCAACUGGAACGAGCAUUGAGCCAUUGACAGUCAAAAACUUUGGGGUCGUUGUGGAUUUAUCACGCAAGAAGCCGACUGCCAUCAAUCGGAUCGAGAUCAAUUCUAGCUUUGACUUUAAGAAAGUACAACAGAUCAUGGUUUCUCCUGGUAUCCCAUAUCCAUACAAAGAGAAUUUUGAUUAUGUUAAUGUAUUAUUGCUCGUUGACAAAGCUCAGACACCCAUGUUAGUCCCAUAUCUUUAUGAUACAAAGUUCAAGACGCAGGAGCCUGUUGAAGAAGAUCCAGAUAAACCAUCAUCACUCUCAACAGCAUCAUCAUCACCAUCAUCAUCAACUCUAUCAUCAACAGCAACUGCAGACCAACGUCCUUGGAUUCAUGUCAAAAACAACCUUACAGAAUGGCUCUUAGUCAAUACUCAACACAUGCGUGCCAGACAUCAUAUCGAUGAAUUUCAUGAUAUUUAAAUUUAAAUAUUUGACAUUUCAGCAUUCGAUAGAAUUAUAUAUAUAUAUAUAUAUAUAUAUAAAAUUUGAUAUUACCAGCAUUUUUGUUUUUAACCAUCACCAUCAUUUUUUAUUUUUG